UUUCUAGAUUUUUUUUCUUUCAGCGGACCUCGCCCGUCAAAUAUACAUCGUCGGUCGUAUCGUCUGGCAUGUGUGUAUUCGCCCCGUCGGUAUCGUGGUGUAUCUGAAUUGCUGUUCCACUAUGUCGACAAAACAGUUCAGAAAUCAUCAAUAUAAGCGAAAACACGCAGGAGCAACUGUGACAACUAUAUGGCCAGCUUAGAUCGGCAGCGAACCAUCGGUCUGUUUCUGCGAACUUGUAUCAUAAAAGUAAACGAAACGUCACGCAAUUUUCUUUUUUGCUUAUAUUUCUUCGUUCUCUUUUGUACCAAUUUUCCCAUUGGAUUUGGUCAUAGUCGUCAAAUGAUAUCAAGUAAAAUUUUAACAAUUUUUACGAAUUUCUUGCAAAAAGAAACGAAAAAUAGUAAGUGUAAAAAAAACUAAAAGAUAAACAAAGAUCGGUGCGACAAGUGAAUCUUCGCAUAGUUACGAAGUUACUAUGGAGGAUACCGAUGUGUAUAAUUGUGAAUUGAUUGGGCAGGUGCUAUUUUAAUAGCUGAAAAUGAUUUAAAAUUUCAUAUUACAUCCCAAUUAGCAAUAGCCAGAUACAAAAAAAGUAAUUGGUGAUUUAAUUGGAAAAAUUCGAUACCGUAUCUCGAGUGUUCAAUAUACCUACGUACACACACUUUUGAAAUUCCAACUCCAGCCUCUUGCAUUUAUAAUCUGUGUGAAAAAGUUAUUGUGUGGUUUUAUUCUUAAUGCAUAAUAAUAUUAUAUUAGGCUAAAAUGUUUGAAUAUGCACUCUGACGAAUUAAAGAAAUAGAAAAUGUUUCAUAAUUAAAAAAGGCAGAGUUGUGUAUUGAUAUGUAAACGAGUAAUAUUUGAAGUAAAGAACAAGCAAAUAAAAAAAAAAAUAUUUUAAGCAAAUGUGCAAAAAAUACAAACUACUCGAUCUAACAACAGAAAAAUUAUAGGAAAACCAGAAAGAGCAACAAAAGCGGUUGAAGCGGAAAAAUGUUCCUUAUAUUUUAGAAACGGGCUCAAGCAACUACAGCUAUAUUGAAGAAAUGAAUGAAUAAUUGACGCUAUAUAUGCACCAACGGUACCGUUAAAUAUACUUGAGUAUAUAAAUAGUAGUUGCGGUAACCAAUAGAACAGCAAAUGCAGCAGCAACAAUAGUUCGUCUAAUAGCAAUAUAUACAAUAGAUCUGCAGGGAUUCUGUAAAAAGGAUUAAUUUUAAGCAAAAAAGAAACCAACCCUCAAUAAAAAUAAAGAACAAUAUUCUCCUAAUGAUUCUGCAUUCGAGAAUAUCGGCUACAAGGAAAUACAAACUUUUGAUACGAGUUUCCUUAAUUUCUGAAAUCUUCAACACCAAAAUAUAUUUUAAUUGAUGUUUACGGAUUUUUUUUAAAUAGGAUCAUACAGAGAAGAAGAAACGGUACCUAUCGUUGGUUGCAACUGGACAAACGUAAAGUUCGAAAAGCAAAAUAAAAAAAUUAUAAAAAAUUGUGCAUUAAACAUUGGAGCUUGAGAAAAGAGGAACUCAACCAAAAUAAAAGAAUUAGUGGAAAUACAAUCAUAUGUGAACAUUUCCAUGUGCAAAUAAAACGAAGUUAAUUUUAAAAUUUACUUCAAACUCUUUUGCCAUACAAAGAUAAUUGCAGGAUCAUAUGUGUUGUGCCGCAACAUUGAUUGUUGCGCUAACGAAAGUCACACACGACGACACACACCUGUCGAGAAGGUGUGGCGGCAAAGGAACUGAGGCAAGCAUUUGAAAUUAUCACCUGCCCCAACAUUAUUGACUACAAAAUAGGCAAGCAAAGCACGGCGGCGGCUAUAUCGAGGCAGGCUACAGUACGAGCGUUUCGCUCUAAAGCUUUUACUUUAAAUAACGAACAACAUUAACAACAAAUACAGUCCAUUAGUAGUAUAUAGACUAGAGUGUGUGGUUAAGGGUGCGGCGUAAGCAGCCAAAAAUUUAGCUAGUAUGGAGUGCUGUUUAUCGGAGGAGGCGAAGGAACAGAAGCGCAUUAAUCAGGAAAUCGAACGGCAGUUGCGUCGAGACAAACGCGAUGCGCGAAGGGAACUCAAACUAUUGCUGCUCGGCACUGGUGAAUCCGGCAAAUCGACAUUCAUCAAACAGAUGCGUAUUAUUCACGGCAGCGGUUACUCCGACGAAGACAAACGGGGUUACAUUAAAUUAGUCUAUCAAAAUAUAUUCAUGGCCAUGCAGUCGAUGAUCAAGGCCAUGGAUAUGUUAAAAAUUUCGUAUGGCAAAGACGAGCACGGUGAACUUGGCGAACUGGUGAUGAGUAUCGAUUACGAAACGGUCACAUCAUUCGAAGAUCCAUAUUUGUCCGCCAUUAAAACACUGUGGGCGGAUACUGGCAUACAAGAAUGUUACGAUAGACGAAGAGAAUAUCAACUCACAGAUUCGGCAAAAUAUUAUCUGAUGGAUCUCGAUCGUGUGGCUCAACCAGAUUAUUUACCAACCGAACAAGAUAUUUUGAGAGUUCGUGUGCCGACAACGGGGAUCAUUGAGUAUCCCUUUGAUUUAGAAGAAAUUCGAUUUAGCUAUCUCAGCGAUCUUGAACGUAUUGAAAAAGAAGAUUUCCUACCUAGCGAGCAGGAUAUUUUGCGUGCUCGUGUGCCCACCACAGGGAUACUUGAAUAUCCAUUCGAUUUGGACGGUAUCGUAUUUAGAAUGGUGGACGUGGGUGGUCAGCGUUCCGAGAGAAGAAAAUGGAUUCAUUGCUUUGAGAAUGUGACUUCAAUCAUAUUUUUGGUUGCGCUAUCGGAAUACGAUCAAAUUUUAUUCGAAUCUGAUAAUGAGAAUCGUAUGGAAGAAUCAAAAGCUUUAUUUAGAACUAUUAUUACGUAUCCGUGGUUCCAAAAUUCAUCAGUUAUUCUCUUCUUAAAUAAGAAAGACUUAUUAGAGGAAAAAAUCAUGUAUUCGCAUUUGGUAGAUUACUUUCCCGAAUAUGAUGGUCCACAAAGGGAUGCGAUUGCCGCCCGAGAAUUCAUACUUCGUAUGUUUGUAGACCUUAAUCCAGAUUCCGAAAAAAUCAUCUAUUCUCAUUUCACCUGUGCUACGGAUACCGAAAACAUUAAGCUCGUAUUCUGCGCCGUCAAGGAUACUAUCAUGCAGAAUGCUCUCAAGGAAUUCAAUUUGGGUUAAGCAACUUCACCGAACACAAAUGAACGGAGCGCGCGUCCUCAUCUCUCUAACCCGUCUACCUAGCUACUUACUUGCAUAUAGUUCGUGCAUCGCAUCAACUUUAUACUACGAUUUUAUUAAUACACAUUGGCUUAUGUUGCUUGCAAAAGAAUAAAUAAAUAAUAUUAAACAAAUAAAAAGACUUAAUUUCUAAAAAACCACCUACAUACAUAGAUGUAUAGGAAAUAAUAUUGUAAUAAUGUUUAGGCAAAAUGUAAACUCUUUGGUUUAAGUUAUCGUCAAUAAAACAAAUUCCUAAAAGUUGU